AUGCAGCCGCCCGAAUGCAACCAGAUUUUAAAUCAAUUCUCAACUCAUCAGGCCAAGGACCUGGAGCGCAGGAACUACAGAGCGCUAGUCCUGGAAGUCGAAUUCCACCAGGUAGUGAACCUGGAGCGCAGAAACUACGGAGCGCUUGUUCUGAAAGUCGAAAUUCACCAGGUUCAGGACCUGGAGCGCAGGUACUACGGAGCUCUAGUCCUGAAAUUCAAAAUUCACCAGGUCAAGGACCUGGAGUCAAUGAGCUACGGAGUGCUUGUCCUGGAAGUCAAAAUUCACCAGGUUGUGGACCUGGAGCACAGGAACUACGGUGCGCUGGUCAUAGAAGUUGGAAUUCACCAGGUCAAGUACCUGGAGCAGAGCGCGAUUUCCAUACGUCCUCUCGACUGCGCGGUCGUUUCCGGACUGAGAAUUUCGGCUCGCUAA